CUCAUGUAACUCAUGUAAGGAGUAUUGUUUAGUAUAAGGGACAGUAUUGAUAUGCCCAGACCUGGUCCAAGGCCCUAUGAGUGUGUGAGAAGAGCUUGGCACAGUGAUAGGCACCAACCCAUGAGGGGUUCCAUAAUUCAAGAAAUUUUCAGACUUGUGAGUGAGAGCCACAGCUCUUCAACCAAGAAGAACAGGGAGUGGCAGGAGAAGCUCCCUAUUGUUGUCUUGAAAGCUGAGGAAAUUAUGUACUUCAAAGCCAAUUCUGAGGCUGAGUAUGUAGAUCUCAAAACUCUUUGGGACAGAGUGAAUGAUGCCAUUGACACUAUAAUCAGAAGAGAUGAGAGCACUGAGACUGGAGAUCUUCUGCAGCCUUGUAUUGAAGCUGCAUUGCAUCUUGGCUGCACACCAAGAAAAACAACAAGGAGCCAACGAAACAUUUCGAAUGUGUGUUACCUCAGUUCUCGGGAUCCAGAGGGCCCCUCCAGUUCCUCGGUGAGCUUGCGCGACCAAAUUCAUGGCAGACCAAAUGCUUACAUUCCAUUUGUGCCCUCAAAUGUUGGUUUCGUCCCACCACCAAAUUGUGACAAGAUUUUCCCUUUCUUGCCUGAAAACUGCGUGAACCGAAGAUUGCCUCCUCCCACGAAUUCCCAUUCUGUUUAUCCCUUAUAUUCCAGCUCUGAAUCUCACCCUAAUCUGCCCAAAGAAUAUACAAAGUGUGUUUGGAGUGACGUUUCUUUGCAAAACUCGAAUGCUUGUAAUGCUCCCUUGAACAAACCCGAGCCCGAGUGUGACUUAUCCUUGCGGUUGGGCCCCGCAGGGGUACCAUCACCGCCACAUUUGGACCGCUUGGCCAGCUCUCGUCCACCCCAUGAUCACAAUGUAGAGGAGGUCUUCUUGAAAAGGCAGAAGGUUGGUAUUAGCCAUUUGUAUGAGGAUGGACCAUUUUACCCUCCCAUGAAGCUUUUUCCACUUGACAACUUUGUUGGGAAUCUGAGGAAUGCAGGUCCUUAAGUUAACUUUUUCUUAGGUUUUCAUGCUUUGUAGCCUUGUAAUGCUGGUUUUUACUUGAUGAGCAAAGCAAUUAGUUAAUGUCUAUG